CUGCUUGGGCAGGUCGGGCCUUGGGGUCCGGAGCUUGGUGCUCGAAAAAACCCUGCUUGGGCAGGUCGGGCCUUGGGGUCCGGAGCUUGGUGCUCGAAAAAAAACCCUGCUUGGGCAGGUCACGUGAGAGGCGUGUCGGGCCUUGGGGUCCGGAGCUUGGUGCUCGAAAAAACCCUGCUUGGGCAGGUCGGGCCUUGGGGUCCGGAGCUAGGUGCUCGAAAAAAUAUAUAAUUAUUACACGGUGAGAUUUAGAUGCUCAAAUCCUGUAGGUCAGGUGGUUGUAGGUACGGUCUAUGUGUUAUUUGUCUUGUUGCUUUGUGUUGUUUUUGUCAGUUAUUGUAGCAUUAAGUUGGUGAACUGUGUUAAAACUGCAAUCAGUUUGUGUGUUAUAUAUGAAGGUUGGGCUGAUGAGAGAGUGUUCUUUUAUGGCUGUGUCUUAUUCAGCGUGGGAAAAUGUUUGCCUGCUAGAACUGUGUGUGUGAAAAGAUAAGAACUAAGAGAGCAGAGGAAGGAGGGGCUCAUGGUGCAUGAGAAAGAGAGUGAGAGAGAUUUUUGUGAAUAAAAAACUGUUUUGAGUGAGAGCAUAUGAGAGAUCAGUGUGUGUGUCUAUAUGUGUGUGUUAGUGAAGAUAAAGUGAGGCCUCUGUAAAUAUAAACUGUAAAUAUGAGUGAUUUUAUCUUUAAAAACAUAGCUUUUGAUCUUAUUUUUCAUUUUCUCAUUUUCUUUUUGCCUUAAUAUACCUGAUGAAGUAAUUAUGGAUGAUAAUAACUUAAAAUAUAAGAAACGUGUAUUUAUAGCAGCUAGGGAUGUUCAUAUUGUAUAUAAUAAUAAUUGUUAAUGCAUGGUGACACAAAGUUGGCCCCUAAAUGACACAAAUUAUUAAAACCAAAACUUUUUGAAAUGCAUCCUGCUUUAGAAAUGACCUCUGUGGUAGAUGCAAUCUGCCCUUUUUAGAUAUUAAUCAUCUGGACUGAUCACGUUUUCUUUGAUGAGGUAAUGUUGCCUGAAUAUCUGAUAAUGUACUGUAUGAAUCUUGAUUCUGUUGUUGAUCUGUCGCUGCUGUUUGCACGUUUAAAUGAGAUAAAAUGUUUUGUUUUUAAUCAGGUCACAGACAACCGUCAACUAUUUUUACUCAAUGACAAUUUAAUAUUAAAAUCUUAUAAGUUAAUGGUUAAUAUUCAGUUAAUAAGAUGCGGUUGUCGGUUGUGAAAAUUAACUGAUAUGAACAUCCCUAUUAGCAGCAGAAAGAGUGUGAAAUGCUUAAAUUCAAAUUGAAAUAAGAGAUAUUAACAAUAACUUCUGGAAAAGCAUUUAGCAAAUAUUUAGCAGUAAUAUAAAUAAAUAGACUGAUAUCUGAGAUAAUUAGUGGAAGUACAAAAGUUACCAGAAGUAGAGAAAAAGUGGCCAUAGAUAACCUGGCAAGUAAUAAUUAGAAUCCUUUGUGGAAUGUCAUGUUGAUAGAAUAUUUAGAUGAGGUUUGCUCAUACAACCUUCAGAGAUCAAGUAGGCCACGUACGCCUGAAACUGGAAAUAAUAAUAUUUUGGAAAUAUUAUUUAUGAGUGAAGUUGUCUAUUUAUUCAUUGGUCACCCCUUAUUUUGUAUUAGGGAAUAUACAAUAAUUAUUACAUAAUAGUAAACAAUAAUAAACAAUAUUAUGAAUAAAUAAAUGAAUAAUUAAAAAUAAUCCGUGAUAAGAGUAUAUUUGUAAAUAAGACCGGUGGAUUGUGAAUGUAGGCCUUUGAUUGCCUGUGACAGAGAGAAUGUAAUAAUAAUAUUUGUGGGAGAAUUUGAGGGAGGAACCUUGAAGAAAUAAAUUUUCCAAAUUGACCUAUGUAAUUAAUUCUAAUUAUGGUGAAGUGUGUUUACAGACAUGGCAUCCAUAUCAUUGGAAAGGCUGAAGUCCAGGGGCCUCAUUUAUCAACAUUGCGUAGAAAAUGUUCUAUAUUUGUACCUACGAAUGAAAUUUAGAAUGUGCCUAAGUACAAAAAAAUCGGGAUUUAUCAAACGUGCGCACGUGGUUCGUACGCACAUCAGUAAGUAAUCCUUGAUGAUAAAUCCCACUUGUUCUUAAGCACCAUGCUCGUGCACGUUCAUGUUCAUUUGCAUUUCGAAACGCCUCCAAUGAACCAUAUAUGGUGACAACACCUCCCGUUAUAAGUCACGUGGUUGUGCUUUUUCCCUCAUCGCAAUAAUGGCAAAGAGAGCAUAAAAGAGAAACUUUACAGACGCAGAAAUUGAGUUACUGGUGGAUGAGGUUAAAUCCUAAUAACACAUCCUGUUUGGUUCACUUAGUAUGGGAGGAAUGACUAACAAAAGAAAACAAAUCUGCAUGGGAACAUGUUACAGUGAGUUUAAUUCCGUUGGGUAUGAGAACACUUUUAGAAAUUAAAAAGUCGUUUGACAUUAAAUUAUCACCAAAAAAAAAAAACGCGUCACAGCACACCGACGUGAAACGAGUGCAACUGGAGGAGGACAGACAACUUUCCACCUUGGACAACAGCAUAUAACCAGCAUCAUUGGCGCGAUCUUUGAAAACGCGCUACCGGCAGAAUGGAUUAUUUGCACUGUGUCAAGCAUUUGACGGAGACUUCAUUAAUACAAAUCACAUGUGCUUUCACAGAUACAGAUACAUAUCACAAAUAAAUCAUUAUACUUAUUUGCUGUUACCAUACUGACAUUAAUCAUUUUUAACACCUGCUUGUGGAUAAUAAAUAGACACUUCUUUAUACUCACUGGAACAGGGUCCUGUGUAGUAUCGCUAUUCUACCACUAGAUGCUCUGCGUACGCAUACUCCGAGGUGUGCGUAUAUUUACACACAUUUCUAAGUAUAAGUGCAAUUUGAUAAAUUCCACACUUUGCGUAAAACUGUUCCUACGCACACUUUACGCACACUUCUGUGCGUACGCACGCUUGAUAAAUGAGGCCCCAGACAUCCUAUCAGCACGGAUUUGAUUACAAGAACUUCCAAACAAAUGGACCAAACAAAUGGACCAAACAUACCAAACACUUGAGGACAAAAUGGCCAGAGGAUGGGACAUUUGAGGUAACAGUGUGUGAGGACGUGGAAAAUUUGUAGAAAUUACAAACCCUAAGAGCGAAAUAUGAGAAGAGAUGAGAAAAUAGUAAUAAUAAUAAUGAUGAUAAUAAUAAAAUAAUAGUUUUUAAUUUAUUUAAAAAAGGAGGGACUUAACUUUUUAAAAUUUAGAGUAAAUAGAUUUAGAAUAAAGAGAUUCUAAAAGAAGAUGAUAAAAAGUUGUAGACAAAGGAAAAAGGUCUCCUCUAGGGAUGAGGGAUUUAAAAAACCAAUUACCAAUAAUUACAGGUGACAUACAAUUUGAGGACAGAAUAGAAUUGGAGCCAGACCAAUCACAGGCUAGAGCACAACCCCUUUUACAAUCCCCUAAACUCAUCACAAACACAGAUGAGCCCACAAGCCUAAUAAAAAAAAAAAAAAACAGACAGCAAACCAAGGCCACAACCCAGUUCUUAACCCAGUUCCGAUGCAGCCAAAACAUUAGGAAAGAUGUUAACACCCCCUGAGAUACAUAAGGCAUAUGAUAGUGUAGCCACAGCCCUACAUCGGAUAACACCCCUAGACGUAGGCAGAACAGAAAGGCUUAAGUUAAGGAUGGACAAAUUUAGGAAUGACAUUUUAGAAAAAGUAAAUGAUACAACACCGACAGGAAGUGUAGAGUAGGGACCAGGCAGGCUGGAGAAACCAGAGCAGUAAAAGCUACAAGCAAGAGGAAAAUUCAAGCAAGCAGCCGGUAUCUCAAGGAUGGAGAGAGAGGGUGCAAGGAUUUAAAGUUUGAGACUGGACGCUGGGUAAACGUUGGACAAGAACAGCAAGCUGCAUGGAUUUAUGCCAAGAGACAAUGUUUAUGUUGAAGAACCCAGAAAUACAUCAAUGUGCCUGAUUUUGAUAAACGGACAACAAGGACAAUGUAAACCCUGGGCCACUCAGGAUUUUGAUGGACUAGCUGCACGCCUUCCAGAAAUACAUGAAGGAGCCGGAAAAUGGAUACAAACUUUUGAGCAAAAGACAGCAGGGUGUGUCUCGGCCAUAGGAGAUAUCAAGGCCCUGUUGGCAAAGUGUGUCGGUGGAACAAAGUUGAAUGAACUUUUGAAUGAUGCUGGACUGAGAAUUGCAAUUGACAACAUCAGAAGAGAUAAAAUGACCUUUGCCCCCUUCAGGAAGAGAACGUGGACAACAAUACACAGAGAAUACCCCAUGCAGAUUGACCCGAAGAUGCUGAGAGGUGAUCCGAUUGGUGAAACAGAAAAUCCAACAGCAUAUAUACAAGAACAGCUGAAACGGUGGUGUGGAGAACUGGAAAAAGACCCGGAAGAAGACUUUGUUUUAGCUGCACUGUUCAGAAAGGCAAUAGUGGAAGCUGUGCCACCACCGGUUAAAACCAUUCUCGAAGAUGUAGUCGAACUGAACUCCAAAUCACACAAGGAGUUCUGUGAUCAUGUUUCACAUGCAGUCAAGCAACACCAAAAGAAUGAGCUGAAGGCAACAACAACAGAGAGAGAGAGGGAGAGAGAGAUGCAGAGGGGGCUGGCAAAGUUACAGCGGGACGACUUUGUGAGCAAAACUAAGAAAAAAGCACUGAAGGAGAAACAACCAGCUUUAAUGGUGCUCAUCAACACACCUGCCCCCACCAUCCAGCAAACACAGAUAGCAACACCAGCCCAACCCACUCCGGGAAAUGCUCAACAGCAAGCCACUCUCAUUGUUAUCUGUGCAAAGCCAAAACAGCAAAACAGCAGUAAUGGACAAAAACAGCAAGGAGGCAGAGGACAAGGCAGAACAAAAAGAUCAUGUGAUAGAUGCUGGGGCUGUGAAGAUGCUGGGGCAGCAUGGACACUUCAGAAGCGAAUGUCCGAAUAACCCAUCUAAUUAAGAUCAACAAAACUGACAGCAGAAUUAACAAGGCGGACGGUUGAACCAACAAGACUGGCAGCCAAACCAGAGACAGUAAGGCCCACCCAGAGCAGCAGCAGCAGUCACAACAACAAUCACAGUGUGGUCCAGUGAAUCUGUGGUGUGGGCCCAGACCAAAGCUACUAAGGUUGCCCAGAGGAUUCUAACGGGAGGGGCCAACAUCCAUUGAUAACUGACAAUGCUGACGACAGAUUAUUGACUCUGCAGGUUGAAGUUGAAGGCAAGUCUGAACCUAUGAUGACUGACACUGGAGCAACUUACACAUGCUAUUUUACUGGACGAGAAAUGCAGAAACUUUUACCUACAAAGGUAAACAACUCACUUAUUCUAUAUUACUGAAAAAUUUCCUCAUUUACUUUGCAUUUUCAAUUAAUUAAUUAUUAAAAACAGAUUUGAAAAGAUCUAGUGUUGGACAAUGCGCUGUUCCAAUAUGUGGAUGACCUAUUAAUUUACUAUCCCACACUUGACCCAUGCUAGCCUGACGUUGUCAUACUCAAUUCGAGGCCCCGUUUUUUCAAAUUGUGGUGGGCGGGGCUAAGAUCGGCUGGCACCCAGGCUAGACCCAUGCUGUAAAGAUUAUAAAACUAUUGAAUAAAUUAUCUGAGGGGGGAGGCACAAAGCCUCUAGAGCUAAAUUACAACAUUGUUAAACAUAAGUUAAAUAUUUGAUAAGAUUAAUUGCAUAUAAGACUGAAAUUAUGACCCAGCAAAUUAGGAGGCAUAAGCAAUGCACUUAUGCCACAAAGGAAAAAACAUGACAGAGUUUAACUUUGAUAGGAUAGAAGAUCAUUUAACAAAGAUUGCAUAUCCCUAAAAUCAUUAAUAAUUGGGUGAAGCAACAAAAUUUAAGUGCCUUACUUUUACUUUAAAGCAUUCAUAUUAUAAAAUUGAGACAUAUCUGUAGCCCCAAGUGUGUGUGAUGAAGAUUACUCAUUAGAUUAUAAUGUCUCAACAGGGGAAAUAAAAAUGGGGGGAAAAAAAUCCAUAAUAAUUGCAUCACAAUUUGACAUUUGGAUAAAUAUAUGUUUUGGCAAAAUUUAUAUGUCAGAACUUGGUUUAAUCUGUGAGCUAACAACAUUCACAGACAAUUUCACAAUAAUACAGGUAACUAGGAAGACCUGUAAAAACCAGAUUAUAACUUUUUCCUGUUACAAAAAAAAAAAAAAAAAAAAACUUGUUGUAGCUGAAUGUUUUUGGAUAUGUGGGAGAAAUGUCUUAAGAUACACACUCAAAAAUGCUUGUGUGCUAGUUAACUUAGCCCAGGCCAUUAGUUUUUAAAUGUGAAAUUUAUAUAACCUUGUUAAACCCCUGCUCUUUAUUUUUGUGUAGUUUGGGUUUUUCUCUGUCCUAGUAGUGGUUGUCCAUUUGGAAAGGGGACAGAAACCAAUUAUCUAUGACACCUGAGGUAUAACUAUUUAAGAGCUGGUACCUCAAUUGGGUGGUAACAAACCUGAUGAGCAUGUUGAGCCCUGACCACUUUAUGAUAGAAUAAAAAGAGCAUAUCAAAUUGCCAAUUCUUUUAUGAUUGGAUAGAUUAUAUUGAUCAGCCAAGAGGAAUACCAAAUGAUAUCUGAAUUCUAAAUUUGGAUUUAAAUUCACACUGGUUUGGAUCUGAAAGGAUUAAUAAUCUCUAUUACAAUUAGAAUCAAUUUAUUAACUAUAGUGAUGAUAAAAUGAAGCUGAUAGAACAAGUAAGACUUAAUGAUGGUACUGAUUUGAAAAUUGAUAACUGGUUUGCUUUUUUCCUGGGGAGCUUGGCUAACCAAAACCGAUAUUUCAUGUUAUAUUGCAAUUGUUGUUGUUUUUUCUUGCUCUUCUGUUGUGUUCUACCUAUCUCCAGGUCUGUGGUGGCUAAGGCAACUGCCAAGCAGAUGGCAGUACAAACAGGACUAAGUGUUCACCAAAGUCCUGACGGCCUAAUGCUAAACAUACAUACUACAUCGUUAGUUGACACCACACCACCAGCUGACAAUACUUAUGAAACUAUGGAUUAAAAUGUUACAUUCUUUUGUUUCUUUCUUUUCCAUCUUUUUGUGAUAUGUUUGGUUAGUAAGGGAGCAAGUUUAUAAUUGUAUUUCUUUUAUUGUUUUUCAGUAUUAGUUACAAAUCAUUAGUCCUGAGUAGGCAGGAAGUUAGAGAAAUUUUGUUUUUAAACUUUGUUUUCAUCUUUAAUUUCCCCUCUUGUGUGGUGACUGUAGGUCCUGGUGUCUUUUUAGGUAUAAAAUCCAGGGGACAAAUUGUCUAGCUCGGCCGCACAACGGGGGACAAUGUAAAGAUGUGAAAUAUACCAUAUAAUACACAUAGACUCGUAUUACCAAACACAGAUAUCGGAGCACAACUUCACCUCAACGACUACACUAAAGAGUGUCUCAGAUAGCGCCCCUGGUGACCGGAAAAGCUAGGGGUUCCUCUGAGAACGAAGGUCCAUCAUUGUGCAUUCGCUGGGAAUAUAAUCGUUGCACUAAAGUUACACACAUCACCGUUAUAUUAUUAAAAGUAGAUUGUCUAGAUAUUUUGACUACUGAUAUACUACACUACUGAAUUUUUACUGCUGUAUUACACUACAGUUGUAUCUCUCUACCUGAACUGAAUCUUAAUCUUUAAUUAAUCAAUAUAUUUACUACUGAUCAUGGCUUAUUUUGAUUGAUAUAUUUUCUUUCUGCAUUCUUUAGUAAUGAUAAGUCUUACACAUUUUAAAAUUACUGAAUUUGAUUUUACAUGUGUCUUUCUUUUUCUUAAUUACAAAUAAUGAGAUAUUAAUUGUUUUUGAACAUUUUCAUUUUUGGGUUCCUUUAGUAUGUACAGGGUCCAAGAAUCUUUUUUCCUUCUUUUAAGCUAAUAUACUCACUUAAACAAACAAGAAUGGUGCCAUUUUGGGAAGGUUUUUGAUUCUUGUUCCCUUAAGGGAGUGAGUGCUGCAUCUUAACUGCGUCUGUGUUAGGAUCUGCAUGGAACUUUUGAUCCAUGAAAGCUCUUAGCUAGUAUAACAUCAUGUGCGACAACGUUCUGCUGCAGCACUCUCAUUAUGUGAUGUUUUCUUAAAGGUACCCCCUCAUGUUUGAUGGACUCAGGAGUCCAUAAGGGGGGAAUAUAUAGUAGUUUUUGAUGGGUAAAUUACUGAUCAUAUGCUGUAUUAAUAUUAUAUUAGGCCUAAGGCCUACACAAGGCUAUAUGACACCCAGUUAAACUUUAGUUUUCUCAGUUAACUUUCGUUUCCUAAUUAAAAGAGUCCAGGUGCUAUCCUGCAACUAUACCCCGAUUGUUCUCGCCACGAUUAGUUUGAGAAACAAGGUCGACAUAAGCGAUAAAGAAGAGGACGCCAUUUCAGAUUAGUUAUCUUUCGUUUUCUCAGUUUCCUAAUUAAAAGAGACCAGGUGCUAUUCUGCAACUAUAGCCCGAUUGUUCUCGCCACGAUUAGUUUGAGAAACAAGGUCAAACAACCAAUAAACAAGAGUACGUCAUUUUAGAUUAGAGAAUUCGUCCGGCUGUACUUUGCUACAUUAACAAAAAGUUGGUUAUGUCAGGGAAAGCCAAGGCCAAUCGAAAUAAUAAACAGAGAACGUCACUUUAAGAUUUAAGAAGUCCAGCUGUCAUUUUAGAUAUGAAGAAGGAUUCAGCUGCACAUAAAACAAACAGAUUAAUUGUGGCAGACUGAGACCAAUGAGAAGAACAUACGUCAUCUCAGAUAAGAAGUGUUUGAUCUUACUGUAUAAAAAUGGAGUCAGAUGUUGGGAGGGCAGAUGAUCUUUUAGCGCCUCUAUGAGGGGUAUUGAUUGUCUCACUUUGUUGGCUCGAGCGAAUAAAGUAAUUUUUGUUUGGCACCUGGAA